CUCUCUCUCUCACACACACACACGUUGCUGACACGAACUGUAGGCCACUGUGAUGGGUGUCCUGUACUUUAUUGCUUUGUCGGAGGAGUCCACGGACCGGGACAGCCUUUCACAGACAAAACAAGUUGAAACCAGAAUAGCUGACCCAGCUGCAGCCUUGACGGAACAUAUAAAAUUCCGAACAGCAGCGGCUACAGUUUCAAGCUGAGGAUAUUAUACUAGGAGGUUGACGAUCUUCGUGCCUAUUUCAAGUGCGGGGAAUUCAAAGUUUGGCUAUUUCGAAAUGGACCUAGAAAUAGAAGAAUCUGUCGGCAAUGAGGUCCAGGAAACUGAAGGAGAAAUGAGAGUACUGAAGCCACUGUCAUGUUUGAUACCUGGUGCAGUAAAAAAUGUCUGCCUCAUUAUCCUAAACAGACCCUUGGAGAGAUCACUUGUGAAGCAUGUUUGGUCAUGCUCACUGUUCAAAGCCGUGUCAGAUGGUGCUGCUGACAAACUGCUUGAGUGUAUGGAGGAUGAGAAUGAAAAGUUCACUCCAGAUCUCAUAUCUGGUGAUUUUGAUUCAGCAACGAAAUCUGUAAUUGAUUAUUACAAACAAAAGUCAGUCAAAAUCAUUGAAACUCCAGAUCAGGAUGAGACCGAUUUCACCAAAUGCCUCCGUAUUGCCAUUAAGGAAACAAAAUCAAAGGAGGAGGUUGGUCAGUAUGUGGUGAUUGGCUGUAUUGGUGGCCGCUUGGAUCAUCAGUUUGCAAACAUUGAGACGCUGUACACGGCUCUCUCUCUAACCACAAAGCCAGUCUUCCUCAUUUCUGAAGGCAGUGCAGCUUGCCUUUUGCGCCCAGGCAAGACACUAAUAGAAGUAAGCACUGGCUUGGAAGACGACUGGUGCGGGCUGAUUCCUGUAGGUCAGCGGUGUGCUCAUGUGUCUACAACCGGCCUGAAAUGGAAUCUGAAAGACCAAGCCCUGGGAUUUGGAGAACUAGUCAGUACUUCAAACACAUAUACUGAUGACCAAGUGACAGUGGAAACUGAUCACCCACUGUUGUGGACAAUGGGAUAUCGCUUGAAAUAAAUGUCUGAAUAGUGAAUCCAGAUCAACAGGACCUUGGCCUCAGUAAAAGCUGGAUAUUCUUAACAGUUCAUGGAUAUUUCCUGUGAUGCUUUUUCUGUGUGCGUGGUACUUGCAUGAACAAAAUUUUUAUGCUCUGUAAUGCAUUGCAUGAUAUACUUGUAAUUUUAUCCAGUCACUAUGCAAGAAACUUAAGAAGUAUUUAAGUAUAUUUUUCAACUUCGAAGAUUUGCCUAAAUUGCUUGCUCAUGAAUCCCAAGACCUGCAAGCUUUAAAUGUGUAACCUAUGUAUUGUAUUUUGUAACUCCUACAAUUAAACUUUGAAAUUCUAUCAAAAGCUAAA